AUGGCGAACAGCCCUAGAACAAGAUACAGAGAUAUCCUGAAAUACACAGGGUUUGACAUCCGAGCAAUCAGAGCAGACAAACCUGCAGUCUUCACAGAUAUUUGCCAUCUGCGCGCUACUGGUACAACAACUGAGUUUUGCUGUGUGCCGUUGUGUCCACUGAGUAGCAGGUACAACAGGGUGCUUAGUUUUUUUUUUCAUGAGGAUAUUCAAGAGCCAGCGUCAGAAACAGGAAGACGGUGCUUAAAAAAGGGAGCUGUACCUGCUUUGUUCGAGAGGAACAAUUACUCAGUUCCACUUCCACGGCCGGGGGUUUGGGAGAGAAGGCAAAGACCACCGCCAGAGGGCAGCGAGGAGGAGGAUAACAUACCAACCAAUGCAACUGGAGACGUCCUUAAGGAGCACGAUUAUGCCUCGUCUCUAGACCCUGCAGUUGUGGAUUUGGUGUUGGAGGAAAAUAAUGCUCUCCGGGACGAAAUCCGCCAGCUACGGGAACAGAUUGAGAGCCUUAUGCUGAGGCAGCGAUUCGGCAUUCACCGUUUUGCUGCAUCCGACAAGGACAUCAGAUUUUUCACAAGAUUUGCAUCAUAUGACUUGCUGAUGCGUUUCUGGGCCAUGAUUGAGCCCGCUCUGCCAUCCAUGGUCAGUGUUUGCCAAGGACAGAGAGGAACUCUCAGGGACUCCACUCACUCAACCCAUUGAUGAGUUCUUCCUGUUCUUAAAUUAUCUUGCCCUUGGAUCCAAACAACGGGACCUUGCUGACCAGUACGGUGUCCAUCAGUCCACGGUCAGCCGGAUCAUCACAGCAUGGAGCAACUUUUUAUUUACAGUACUCGGCUCAGUUAGGAUCUGGAUACCUGAGGACCAGAUAUGUAAAAAUCUACCUGCAGAAUUCAAGGAUUUCCCUGACACUACAGCCAUCCUUGACUGCACUGAGUUGAGGUGUCAGUGCCCAUCUUCCCCUCUCCUCCAGAGUGAAGUGUUUUCAUCUUAUAAAUCACACUGCACUCUGAAGGGGCUGAUUGGGAUUGCACCACAUGGGGCAGUGACAUUCAUCUCAGGCCUGUAUGCAGGUUCCAUCAGUGACAAGCAGAUCACACGUGAAUCUGGUCUCCUCACCCUCUUAAAACCUGUGAUGGCUGUCAUGGUGGACAGAAGCUUUCUUAUAGACGACAUUGUACCUGCAAGAUUUACAGGCCAGCAUUUCUCUCCGGCAGGUCUCAGAUGUCUGCAGAUGAAGUUAGGGAGACCCAGGCCAUAGCACGCCUCAGGGUGCAUGUGGAGCGCCUCAUUCGCAGAGUCAAAGAGCACAAAUUAUUUGACUCUGAAAUUCCACUAGGUGUUUUUGGGAUAAUCAACCAACUGUACACUCUUGUUUGUCUGCUCACCAAUUAUGAAAAUGGCCCACUAGUAAAGGCUUGGGCAAAGAAGCCUGCCAUCUGAGCAA